AUGUCUACAUCGUUGAAUAAAAGCAAGACUUUGGUUGAACUGAAAUCCAGGCGACUGUGCUACAACAAUGAAGUAGAAUCAAAGAGAGAGGAUCUGAUAGGUGAAAUUGUGAUGCACCAACAGACAACGAAUGUGUUAUAUCAACUAUUGUCCGAGGCCUGCCGUGAAAGAGAUGAAGCUAAACAACAGUUGAAGAAAUCAAUGACCCAAGUCUCUGAAUUGAACAAACUCUUACCAUCAUCCAACAUUCCACCACCUCAAACCGACUCCCCCCACAACGUUCCCUCGACUUCCGGUAUCGGCAUCCGUUCAAAAAUGUUGAGAACUUCAUUCGUUGAAGAUUCCAGCCACGGCCGGGUUUCAAUCGAAGAAUACUCUUCAAUCGGAAAAAUAAUCGAUACCCUGAUUAAAGGGAAGCCGUUGCCGGAGAAGGGGAGAUUGCUGGAAGCUGUUGUUGAUACAGCACCAUUGUUGGAGACACUUAUGAUAACGGGACAGCUUCCCAAUUGGCGAAACCCUCCACCAUUGCCAUUCAAUCUGGUUGGCAGUGAAAUCCCAGGUUUUCCAAGCAUUGAACCAUAUGAAAUGCAGGGGUCUAAAUGA